CAGACGGAGCUGUGUUCACUCUCAGCUCCUCACUCAUCUGCUCUUCGGAUCAUUUUUACCUCCUUCAAGCAGCGUAUCGGAUUUCUAUUUGCGGACAUGUUGGAGAUGAUCGCCUGGCAAAAAUGAACACAGACUACACCAAGCCGUCAGUUGCUCCAAAGCCAAGAUUUGUUUGUCACGCCAGCCUGAAGCUGCCCCCACCACUCAUGACUGCAGCCAGGGGCCCGAAACCCUUUAUUGCCCCAAAACCCAAAGUCACAUUGGAGCUCAAUGGCAACCAGGGAGGAUGCAGCAACGGCAGCUUGCUCAGCUUGGACGGCCGGCUUAAUGAGGAGCACGAGACUCCGAACCAUAGAAACAAAGUGAUUAUUGACACCUUGCCAGUGGAGAAACAAUUAAACAACUACAUCCUCAAAUCGCCACAAACCGAUUUAUGGACUGUGUCACCGGGGCCGGAAGACAGAGAGGUGACGGAGCGGGGAAAGGAAGAGGAAGACGACAUGAUUCAGAAGAUAGACGAGGACUGGAGAUUAAUUGACGGCGCCCUGACAAAGGGCGGCAACUCCCUGGAAGCACUUUGGGUCCAUAAUACCAGACUUACAGCUGAGUCCCAGGAGCCUGCGGCGAUAAUUGCGACGGAGGUGACGGAGGACAUGGAUCCUGAAGGUUGCGAUGCCGGGGAGGCACUGGCUGACACAGAUGGCCUCUCAGUGGGAGACUUGUCUGUUAAUAGCAUCGAUGUCGAUGCGGGCUGCCUUUCUCCUAAAAGUCAAGACAUGGAGACGAGGAAAGAGAAAUUCCAAGACAAGGACGGAAGUCAAGCUGACGAGUUUCUUCCAAAUGAACCUGAACUCCCCAGCAAAGAAAAGGUGACAGACGCUGACCCCACACAGGCUUUUCUAAGAGAAGACAAAGAAGAAGAAACGGGCUCCGACUGUGGUUUCACUUGUAGCAUCCUGAAAUUGAGAUGUGGUCAUAAGAUUAAGGAAAAUGGUGAAGACCAACAGAACUUUUGUUUUGAUGAGUUUAUUCCUGAAGUUCGAAAGCAAGCAACUAAGAGGCAUGCUGCCGCAGACAGUGAUUCAGCUCGUGAGCCUGUUUACAUCUGUUCAGAGGACAUUAUUAACAGGGAGCUGAUGCCAAGAUGUGACAGUGCCCACAAACUGCCAGACAGUCCACUCACGCAAACUCGUGUUUCUUUACUCAAGAGCAGUAAAUCUUCAGUCAGGAAGUACGGGGAAGCCCCGGCUGAACGAGUGGCACAUGAACUGAUUGAUUACAACUCGCAUGUGUUGGGCGAUCGGUUGAAUCACUUGGACUGCUAUCCCAGUUUCAAGCAGGUGUCCAUCUCAGUGCCAGCAGACACCGAUACCUCGAUGACUUCCUCGCUCUCAGAGAGCCAGCUGCUGUCCCCAAAUGAUUCGGAUGUCUUCGAGGAUGACCUUGACGGACACAUCGUGCCAUUUCUUGACGACACUACCGACACAGAGCAGGACAUCAGCGAUGAACCUGUUUACGAAGAGCCAGGGAAAAGUUUUAAGUGUGAAAAUGGCUUUCCUUCUGAUAGGAAGGCGACAGGGAUGCAACUCCGGUCUCUGUCGCGCUACACCACAAAUAAUAUGGAGGAUUUAGGAGGGCAGUUCACUCAGAAGACCUACAUGAGUGGAUUUGGACAACCUGCGCUCAGCAGCAGCCCCAUGUUAGGGGCUGUGCGGAACAAGAGCUACUCCAAACCCCAGUAUUUGUCCCUGUACCCCCGCUCCCUGUCCAUGGAGGGACAGGACAUGCCUCUGGGUGUUUACAAGGAAGGAUCUCCAAGACAAAGAGGUGCCCUUUGUUCAUCUGACAGCUUCUCCAGGCACUCGCCUCUGUCUUCCAGCGCCCUUUCCACGCCAACGUCUGUGGUCGAUAUCCCUCCUCCGUUUGAGCUGUCCUACAUCACGAAGAAGCCCAUUACCAAGAGUUCACCCUCGCUGCUCAUUGAGGGAGAUACGCCGGACAAAAACAGGAAAAAGAAGUCCUCCAUCAAGCGUUUCCUGAUGCUUAAAUUCAGGUGGAAAACAGAAAGCAAACCUGUUGCAGAUGUCAACUCGUCCUCCUUUAAAUCCUCGGCGGAGUCCAACCAUCACACACCCAGCAGACUGUUGGAUUUAGACAGACACAGCGCGAGUAAUUCUCCACAGCUUAACUCGCGCUUAGUCUGCAAGCACCAACUUUCUCCUGAGCCCCCUUCGAACUUCCUGCUCUACAGUGAAAGCAAACGAAAUGGAAACUCUGUGGCCUUUCUCAAUCGCAGCGUUGUCCGAGUGGAGUCCUUUGAGGACCGCUCCCGUGUGCCGUUCACUGCUCUGCCCUUGACCAAGCCUCGCUCCAUCUCCUUCCCCAAUACAGAUACCUCUGAUUAUGAGAAUGUUCCUGCCAUCAGCUCAGACUAUGAGAACCUUCAGGUCCCGCAGCGGUGGCCUGUCCGUCAGCCACCGUAUUCAGACUUCUUUGAUCGUCCGAGUCGUGUCCUGUCCACCGCCAACGAGACGGACGGAUAUGUGGACAUGAGCAGCCUCCCCGGCUUUGAGAAAAAAACUCAGUCAUCUGAACAGGAAGCAGAAAGCGCCUAUACGGAAGCUUACAACGUGUGUUCAAUGGCUGUCGGUCCUCCGACUGGCUUAGUGGGCAACUGUGGGCGGGAGACGGUGGCCGAAGAUGACCAGGGACGAACCUCGGAGGAGGAGGAAGGAGGAACCGACAGCAACUAUGACAGACAGCCUGACGGUCGAUCCAGAGCCUUUUACAUCGCAAAGGAGCUGCUGGACACGGAGAGAUUACAUGUUAAAGCCCUGAAGAUGCUCCAGGAAGAUUUUCGAGAAGCGGUGGGGUCGACGGUCGGGGACGACGGGGAGCCGGUGUUGAGUGACGAGAGGCUCCGGGAGAUUCUCAACGAGCUGCCGGAUGUUUACGCCCUCCACAGGACGAUCCUCAAUGAGCUGGAGAAUCGAAUCCGACACUGGGAGGAGAGCCCGAGGAUCGCAGACAUAUUCCUUUCCAGGAGAACAGAGUUUCUCGUCUUCACCACUUACAUUGGCCACUAUGACCGCAGCAUGAGUCUCCUGGAGGACAGCUGCGAGACUUCACCCGGCUUUGCAGCCAUCGUUCAACAGUUUGAGGAGCAGAGUGGACGUGGGGAGAAGGUUGCGAUCAAACAUCAGCUCCUGCAGGUCAUCGUGCGGGUGGCCCAGUAUCGCAUGCUCCUCACCGAUUACCUGAACAACCUCUCCCCCGACUCCAAAGAAUACGAAGACACCCAAGCCACCGUAGCGAUCGUGUCUGACAUUGCGGACCAAGUAAACGACAGCUUGAAACACGGGGAAAACUUGCUGCGUCUGGUCAACAUCGAGUACAGUGUUCACGGCCAGCGGGACCUGCUGCAGCCUGGCAGGUUUUUUGUGAAGGAGGGCACACUGAUGAAGGUCAGCAGGAAGAGCCGACAGCCGCGCCACCUCUUCCUGAUGAACGACGUGCUUCUCUAUACCUACCCUCAGCAGGAUGGGAAAUACAGGCUGAAGAACACUCUGCCACUCGCUGGUUUAAAGGUCAGUAAACCCACCAUAGAAAACGUCCAGAAUGCAGUGAAGAUCGAAGCAGCGGACAUCUCCAUCACCUUGUCAGCGAGUUCAUUCAUUGAGAGAGAGGACUGGUUUUACACUCUGAACCGAACUGUGAAUGAGCUUUCGAGAGGCUCAGCAGCGUUCAGCAGCUGCUCGGGAGAGGCCAGAGGUCGUCUUCAGUUGUCUCUCGGGGAGAAAGCUCCCACCCUGGUUCCCGUCUCGCAGGUGAUGAUGUGCAUGAACUGCACCUCAGACUUCAGCCUCACUCUUCGCAGACACCACUGCCACGGCUGUGGACGAAUUGUUUGUAGGAGUUGCUCCAGGAACAGAUAUCCUCUCAAAUAUAUGAAAGACCGGAUGGCCAAAGUGUGUGAUCGCUGUUACUCUGAGCUGAAGAAGAGAGGAGGCGAUGUGCCUGCUCUGUCAGGAAAGUGCAGCCCGUCAGCACAGCGCUCCACUCGUCCACUCUCGGCUGUAUUUCAAAACAUCCAUCCUCCCAAUAUUUGGAAGCACAGGAAAGGCACCCUGACCUUCACCCAGAUGACAGUGUCGGAGGAGGAGGGCUCUAUCAGAGGCAGUCUGCAGCGCAGUAAGAAGAGCAAAAGGAACUGGAAGAAACUGUGGUUUCUUCUGAAAGACAAGGUGCUUUACACCUACAGAGCUCAAGAGGAGACGGUAGCGUCUGAAAGUUUGCCUCUGCUGGGCUUCACCGUGCGGCUACAUGACACGCAGGAUAGAGACAGUGAGACCAACGUCUUCGAGCUGUACCACAAAAACACUUUGUUCUACACAUUCAAAGCAGAAGACAACUACACGGCUCAGAGGUGGGCCAACGCCAUGGAGGAAGCCACGGUUUUAUAGAAUCAGCUCUCUCCUCUGAGCGUCUGAAACGGACGCCUGCUGCUUUUCACACCGAUGUCCUGUAAGGAAGACAGACUGUGAAACCAAAAAAGGAAAAGACAGGGAGCAGACACUGUUUCAUCAAGUCUGCAAGAUGUGACCCGCAGAGCUGGAUUGAAGAGAAGGAGACACUUUGUUCUUUGAGAGGGGACGCGCUCACCUACUUUAUCAGCCUCCUGUGUCCCCUGCCUGCUGCAGCAGCAGGUGUAACGCUGAGAGCGGCGAGAGGUUUUGGCCGAGAUGCUUGCCUGCGUGGAGCAGCCUGUAUUUUCCCCCAGCAGAUGAUUAGCGACGUCCAUCCAAAUCAUCGGGAGCAGUAAUUUUCUGGUCUAAUUUUAAUUACAGCACGUCAGCGGUUUGUUUCCUUAACUCUACAGAAACACACUUUCACACACACACACACACACACGCCAUUUUACUGCUGUUUACAAAGACGAUGAGAGCAGUGCCUCAUUUCAGUGUCAAUCACAAAUAUCCUCAUUUAGAAAAGGCUUGUCUUUAUUUAUAUUACACCUUUUUUUUAACAUGUAUUCUUGCACUGGAUUCAAAUAAUCAGUUUUACUAACACUUGAAAGCACAGGCUGUAUGAAAGAAUGAGUCAUUUUAAAGUUAUUCUUGUGUCUAUUGCUUUGCUCUGUACUGUAUUGCUGGACAUGGUCCUGCCAGUGAAUAUGUAUCUGUAUGCUGUUUGCACUGAUAAUGAAAAGAAUUAUUAACCUAAAGAAUGGAAAUAAGCGUAUGAAGACCAAAAGCUCAUGUACGGAAUUUAGUGACUACUGGGGAAAAUGUAGACUAAUAUGUCUUUAUGAUUUUACUGUCCUAUAAUAUUGUAAAUUCAUAUUUGUAUAAAGACUGCUCAUCAAGUUGUGAACAGGUAUGUUUGCAUGAACUGAAACUGGAAUCGAAUUGCACUGAGCUACAUAGUCAGUGUCUUUGUACUGUACUUUUUAUUUACAAUACUAAUUUUAAAACAAAUUAAAAGAGGAUAUAAAAU